AGCUUGCUAGUUUAGUUGAUACGCGGCCAUCUUCCCUUGAGCCUAUAACCGACUUUCCCUAAUAAUAGAGCAAACUUUAUACAAUAUACGCCGGUUUUUUAAUAUUUCUUCAUUACCAAAGGACAACAUGGUUUCUUGGAUGUUCUGGAGCUGAAUAUUAAGGUUUCUAACAAGGUGAAGAAAGGGGGAGAAGUGCUACAAAUAAGAAGAGAAUAAAUCAAUACAGAUGCCACCGCCUCCCCCUCCACCAGGACCACCUCCACCUCCUGCCCCCGCUGGCCCUUCAGUCCCACCAGGCGGUUAUAAAAAGGCCGCUAAAGGCACUGAAAGAGGUGCAUUAUUAAGUCAAAUCCAUAAGGGAGCCAAACUUAAGAAAGCUGUUACAAAUGACAGAAGUGCUCCAACUGUAGGAAAUGUUAAGAAGUCUAGUAGUAGUGGAAGUGUAAAUGGAACAGGUGGUGGAAGUGGUGGAGGUGGCGGCGGCGGCGGUGGUGGUGGAAUGGGAGGAGGAAUGGGAGGAGGAGGAGGAUUAGGUGGACUAUUUGCAGGAGGGAUGCCCAAAUUAAAACCUGCAGGAGAAAGAAAAGCACCUGGCUCUGGAGGAGGAAGAGCACCAGCAAUGAAACCUACAGGAUUUAGACCCCAAGCACGCAAUACAGUUAACAGAGAGAGUAGUCCACCAUCAUCCAACAGGAAUGGACCCCCUAGGUUUGGGGCACCACAUUCAUUGCCAGGAAAACCAUCGCACAUGGGACCACCUCCACCUCCCAGUAGGUCAAAUGACCGAAUACCAGGCCCUCGUCCACCACCACCUAGUAGACAUACAUCUGGAAGUAGCUUUCCUCCACCCCCUCCUCCAAAUAGGUCAACUGGGGGACCUCCACCACCACCUGAUAGGUCAUUUGGAGGACCUCCACCACCUCCACCUGAYAGGUCAUUUGGGGGACCUCUGCCACCUCCACCUGAUAGGUCAACUGGGGGACCUCCACCACCUCCACCUGAUAGGUCAUUUGGGGGACCUCCACCUCCUCCACCCGGUAGGUCAACUGGGGGACCUCCACCUCCUCCACCUGGUAGGUCAACUGGGGGACCACCACCUCCACCUGAUAGGUCAUUUGGGGGACCUCCACCUCCUCCACCCGGUAGGUCAACUGGGGGACCUCCUCAUUCCACAGACAGAUCACCUGGGGCACCUCCACCCCCUCCUCCAUCGAGAAAUGAAAAUAGGCCACUUCCUCCCCCUCCAUCAGGGUCAACAAGACCUUUACCAGCUACACCACAUGGUGGAGGGCGUCCUCUACCUCCUCCUCCAGGACAAGGCCCAGGAUCAUCUGGGCCUCCACCACCACAUCCUGGAAAAGGUCCUCCAUCAUUUCAACCACCUCCACCAAACGUCCAAGCAAAGCAACCUCCCCCACCUCCAAGACGAGGUCCUCAAGCUCCAGCCCCUCCUCCAUCAAGGGCACCACCACCACCACAGAGCAGACCGCCAGGCCAAGCUCCUCCUCCACCACCACCAAGUCGAGAAACAUCAGGACCACCACCUGGAAAGCCACCCACACCACCUCCUCCACAACGAUCUAAUGCCCCUCCACCUCCACCACCUUCAAGUCGUGCUCCUAAUUUAGGACCUGGUGGACCUCUUCCACCACCACCUAGUAGGGGUCCUCCACAGAGAACAGGACUCCCUCCUCCUCCUCCUUCUGGUCCAAGACCAAACAUCUCAAAUGGACCAUUAACGCCUGGAUCAAGAAAUUCUCUACCUCCACCACCACCAAACUCAGAUAAUUUUGAAGAUAGAUUCUCCUUUAUUUCAAUAAAUGAACUCCCUCCACCAGAGACAUAUAUCGAAACACCGAAGACUUACCCAAGUCACACUGCUCAAAAACCAAAAGGUGGGAAUCAGCGUCCUCCAUCAGUACCUAUGAGGGGUGCUCCACCACCUCCGCCCCCUCCAAUGAGAGGAGCACCUCCACCGCCGCCUCCGCCACCCCGUUAACCAAAAUUACUAUCCUCAAUGUAGACAUUAAGGAGUAGAGAAGAAUUAGUGAGCUUUAGAUUUAGCAUAAUGAUGAAGAUGAUGAAAAAGUCACCUAGAUGAUGGAUGGCUUAGUGAUUUUAAGAAGACAAUGCUCGUGAAAAAAGUGACGCAUGAAAAUACAUAUGUUAUUCCCAGGGCAAUGAUUAUGGGAGUACAAAAUAAUUGAUACAUUGAUCAGUACUGGUCGUUACUGGUCGAUGUUAAUGCAUUGUGAAAUUGGUUUUUGCAAUGUUCAUAUCUUUUAUAUUCUGUAAAUUUCGAAGGUAUGAGUAUAGGCGUGUUCUUAAAAAUCUCGAAAUUUAAACAAACAAAAUUAUUAGCAUCUUCGAUUAUAUUUGUUUGUAAAUAAAUAAUUGGAGAUGAUAUAGCACCUGCAUACUUUAAGUCAAAAAAAUAUUUUUUAAUUUCUUAAAUGAUAUGAAAUACCGAUGCUUUGUUCAGUUCUUUUUAUAUUACUGUGGUUGAAAUUUAUUCCUGCCUUCAGAAGCGAAAACAACCCCCAAAAUCCUUUAAGAAUUGCUUGUUGUAAAUGUCAGCGAUCGGACUGUAGGAGCAGAUUUCAUUUGAGCGGGAACCAUAAUGACACUUAAUUGGUUUCCGUCUUAUAAGCCAAUCAGAAGGCAUAAUAAUGACGCACUCUCUAAAUUAUUACAGCAUAAAAUAGUAUUUCCCACUUAGAUGAAAUCUGCUCAAACAACAUCUAUAGAUAGUUUCACCAGAUUUCUUGUCAGUGGGAAAACACGUAAUGGUUUCAUUUUUAAGCUAAUAAAAUGUCAAUGUGUUGCCCACUUGCACGAAAUCUGCUUGAUCAAUGGAGCUAGUUGGAGCAGAUUAUACAUAUGAGAGGGAAAAGUGUUAUGACAUUUAAUGGGUUCAUUGUGAUAAUAAAUUCACGCUGUAGAAUAUAGCAUACAUCAUGAUACAUAGUAUAGCAUGUCAUUGUAUUUCCCACUUGUAUGAAAUCUGCUCUAUCACAUCUUGUCAAUCGGGUUUUUUUUGUGAAUAUAAAUGCUAAUCUAUAUUUUAUGAAUUUAAUGGAUGGAUUUAUAAACUAGU